UUUCAAAGGCUGUGAGCUGUUCUCCUUUUCCCAUUCGUCUUCUGUCACUUCCUUCCUGGACGCAGUUUUCUGGACGAGUCUGGUUACUUUUAAUCCGACCGGCCGCCGAGAGCUACUUUCUCCUCCUCCUCUUCCUCCUCCUUCCUCCUCCUCGUCUCCCGAGCGGCCUCGUCGCGCGCCGGUGCGCGAGCCCGCGCGCGCCUCCCCCCGCGCGCUCCCCGCGCGCGCGCGCGCGCACACGCACACUUGGUCUCCAGCUCUCUGCUCGCUCUGCUCGCAGUCACAGACACUUGAGCACACGCGUACACCCAGACAUCUUCGGGCUGCUAUUGGAUUGACUUUGAAGGUUCUGUGUGGGUCGCCGUGGCUGCAUGUUUGAAUCAGGUGGAGAAGCGCUUCAAGGCUGGACGAAGUAAAGAUUAUUGUUGUUAUUUUUCUUUCUCUCUCUCUCUUAAAAAAGGAAAAUAUCCGAAGGACUAAUCUGAUCGGGUCUUCCUUCAUCAGGAACGAAUGCAGGAAUUUGGGAACUGAGCUGUGUAAGUGCUGAAGAAGGAGAUUUGUUUGGAGGAAACAGGAAAGAGAAAGAAAAGGAAGGAAAAAAUACAUAAUUUCAGGAACGAGAGAGAGAAGAAAAACGGGGACUAUGGGGAGAAAAAAGAUUCAGAUUACGAGGAUUAUGGAUGAACGUAACAGACAGGUGACAUUUACAAAGAGGAAAUUUGGGUUGAUGAAGAAGGCUUAUGAGCUGAGCGUGCUGUGUGACUGUGAGAUCGCGCUGAUCAUCUUCAACAGCACCAACAAGCUGUUCCAGUACGCCAGCACCGACAUGGACAAGGUGCUGCUCAAGUACACGGAGUACAACGAGCCACACGAGAGCCGGACCAACUCGGACAUCGUGGAGACGUUGAGAAAGAAAGGCCUUAACGGCUGUGACAGCCCAGAUCCUGAUGCGGACGAUUCAGUAGGUCACAGCCCUGAGUCUGAGGACAAGUACAGGAAAAUUAACGAAGAUAUUGAUCUAAUGAUCAGCAGGCAAAGAUUGUGUGCUGUUCCACCUCCCAACUUUGAGAUGCCGGUCUCCAUCCCAGUGUCCAGCCACAACAGCUUGGUAUACAGCAACCCUGUCAGCUCACUGGGAAACCCCAACCUUUUGCCACUGGCCCACCCUUCUCUGCAGAGGAAUAGCAUGUCUCCUGGUGUAACACAUCGACCUCCAAGUGCAGGUAACACAGGUGGUCUGAUGGGUGGAGACCUCACGUCCGGUGCAGGCACCAGCGCAGGGAACGGGUACGGCAACCCCCGAAACUCACCAGGUCUGCUGGUCUCACCUGGUAACUUGAACAAGAAUAUGCAAGCAAAAUCUCCUCCCCCCAUGAACUUAGGAAUGAAUAACCGUAAACCAGAUCUCCGGGUUCUUAUUCCACCUGGCAGCAAGAACACGAUGCCAUCAGUGAAUCAAAGGAUAAAUAACUCCCAGUCUGCUCAGUCAUUGGCUACCCCAGUGGUUUCCGUAGCAACUCCUACUUUACCAGGACAAGGAAUGGGAGGAUAUCCAUCAGCCAUUUCAACAACAUAUGGUACCGAGUACUCUCUGAGCAGUGCGGACCUGUCAUCUCUGUCUGGGUUUAACACGGCCAGCGCUCUCCACCUUGGCUCAGUCACCGGCUGGCAACAGCAGCACCUGCAUAACAUGCCCCCAUCCGCCCUCAGUCAGUUGGGAGCUUGCACUAGCACUCAUUUAUCUCAGAGUUCAAAUCUCUCCCUGCCUUCUACUCAAAGCCUCAACAUCAAGUCAGAACCUGUUUCUCCUCCUAGAGACCGUACCACCACCCCUUCGAGAUACCCACAACACACGCGCCACGAGGCGGGGAGAUCUCCUGUUGACAGCUUGAGCAGCUGUAGCAGUUCGUACGACGGGAGCGACCGAGAGGAUCAUCGGAACGAAUUCCACUCCCCCAUUGGACUCACCAGACCUUCGCCGGACGAAAGGGAAAGUCCCUCAGUCAAACGCAUGCGACUCUCUGAAGGAUGGGCGACAUGAUCAGAUUAUUACUUAAUAGUUUUUUUUUUUUCUUGCAGUGUGUGUGUGUGCUAUACCUUAAUGGGGAAGGGGGGUCGAUAUGCAUUCUAUGUGCCGUGUGUGGAAAAAAAAAAGUCAGGUACUCUGUUUUGUAAAAGUACUUUUAAAUUGCCUCAGUGAUACAGUAUAAAGAUAAAACAGAAAUGCUGAGAUAAGCUUAGCACUUGAGUUGUACAACAGAACACUUGUACAAAAUAGAUUUUAAGGCUAACUUCUUUUCACUGUUGUGCUCCUUUGCAAAAUGUAUGUUACAAUAGAUAGUGUCAUGUUGCAGGUUCAACGUUAUUUACAUGUAAAUAGACAAAAGGAAACAUUUGCCAAAAGCGGCAGAUCUUUACUGAAAGAGAGAGCAGCUGUUAUGCAACAUAUAGAAAAAUGUAUAGAUGUUUGGACAGACCCGGUAAUGGGUGGCCAUUGGUAAAUGUUAGGAACGCACCAGGUCACCUGACAUCCCAAGAACGCUCACAAACCUGCAGGCAUAUCAUUGGUGUAUGGCACUCAUUAAAAAGGAUCAAAGACCAUUAAAAGAGGACCAUACCUAUUUAAAAAAAAAAAAAAAGUGAAGUUUGAGGGCUAACGUAUUUAAUUAAAUAAAUAAAUAAAUCUGGGUCUGCAUCUCUUAUUAAAUAAAAAUAUAAAAAUAUGUACAUUACAUUUUGCUUAUUUUCAUAUAAAAGGUAAGACAGAGUUUGCAAAGCAUUUGUGGCUUUUUGUAGUUUACUUAAGCCAAAAUGUGUUUUUUCCCCCUUGAUAGCUUCGCUAAUAUUUUAAACAGUCCUGUAAAAAACCAAAAAGGACUUUUUGUAUAGAAAGCACUACCCUAAGCCAUGAAGAACUCCAUGCUUUGCUAACCAAGAUAACUGUUUUCUCUUUGUAGAAGUUUUGUUUUUGAAAUGUGUAUUUCUAAUUAUAUAAAAUAUUAAGAAUCUUUUAAAAAAUCUGUGAAAUUAACAUGCUUGUGUAUAGCUUUCUAAUAUAUAUAAUAUUAUGGUAAUAGCAGAAGUUUUGUUAUCUUAAUAGCGGGUGGGGGGUAUAUUUGUGCAGUUGCACAUUUGAGUAACUAUUUUCUUUCUGUUUUCUUUUACUCUGCAUACAUUUUAUAAGUUCAAGGUCAGCUGUCAAAAGGAUAACCUGUGGGGUUACAACAUAUCACAUUGCAACACCCUAAAUUGUUUUUAAUACAUGAACAAUCUAUUGGGUCAACUGACGUCCAUUGUAUAUACUAAUUAGUUUCUUUCAUGCUAUUUUUUGUUGUUGUUUUUUGCAUUUUUAUCAAAUGCAGGGCCCCUUUCUGAUCUCACCAUUUCACCAUGCAUCUUGGAAUUCAGUAAGUGCAUAUCCUAACUUGCCCGUACUCUAAAUCAUCUGGUUGGUUUUCAGCCUAGAAUUUGAUAUGCUUUUUUGAAAUACGCCCAGAAUAGAGAAGCUGUGGUGGGGCAUGUGUCCUGCAAAUAUGGCCCUAGAAACAAGUGAUAUGGAGUUAACUUGGUGAAUAAAUUACAAAUUCCCACAGAAGAAAAAUGUGAAAGACUGGGUGCUAGCCAAGAAGGAAGCAGGUAAAGGGAUAGUUGCUUUGUCAUCCGUUUUUAAUUAUUUUAACUGACCCUUAACAAUCUUGUCAGCAAUAUAGGACUGUCGAACAACCCGGUGUGUCAGGACCCCCAAUGUCACUUCUGCAUAAAGCAUGUAUGUCAUCUAUUUUUUCUUCAAUAAAGAGAUUUAAUAGCCAUUUCGAGAAAUCCCAUUAAAGAACCUCUCUAUGUCCCUUUCUGUAAUUUUUCAAGAAAACAUGAUUCUUGCCUAAUAUUCGUCUAUAAGGGAUUUAUUUCCAGACCCUUUAAAAAGCGAGUGCCAUUAAAAAAAAAAGUUGAUAUAUAUUGUUUAAAAGAUAUUUCAGUCUAGGAAUGAUUUUUCUUCUCUUGGAAGGUGAAGAUCUGUCGAUUCAUCUCUGAUUGUACACCUUGACAUUCACAGCAAAGAAGGUACAGACAGUAACAUCAACCCUGCUAUAUCAGGUGUAGGGUGUUUCUUAUCCGUUUUUUUUUUUUUUUUUUUCUUUUCCUUGCUUAGUUGCUCUGUGUUUCUCCUUGUAAAAGGCUGCCGCUGGGUGGCAGAAACCAAGAGACCUUAUGAACGAGGCUAUAUUUUUCUUAACUUGAUCUGAAAUCCACAAUUUGACCACAAUGCACCUUUGGUUGUGUCCAGAUAGGAUGCUAGCCUGCCUUGUACUAAUGUUUUAUAUACUAAAAACAAAAACAAAAAAAUCUAUCAACCAUUUCAUAUAUAUCCCACUACUCAAGGUAUCCAUGGAACAUGAAAGAAUGACAUUUAUACAGAGGAAAAACAGAGAAUCACCCCUGAAAAUACACAUACACACACACACACACACACACGAGGGGGCAGGGGUGGGGGGCUGGGGGUGUGUGAAAUCAUCUUCCUCACCACAGACUUGAUCCCAUCCUUGCAACCCAACCUUCUAACGUAUAAAAUAUGCAAACAUGUCACAGAUGUUCUUUGUCAUUUCAAAACACGUUAGUGUAUCAAUAUGAGUAGAUACUUACCAAUGGGUGGGAAAGAAGGGUCAUUAUAUGAAAAUAUGAAGAAAUAGCCAUAUUAAUUUUUUUAACUGCAGUUUGCCUCGGCAACAAAGAAAAGGUGAAUUUCUAAUGCUGAAGAUAAAGUAAGCUAAAGUACCAGCAGAAGCCGUGGCUAUUUAUAGCAGUUCUGACAAUAGUUUUUUAAGAACAGGAGAAGAACAGAAUCACUGGGAAAUGGGGGCCAGUCAUCUCUUAUUCCCACUACUGAACUCAUACACAGUGGUGGUAAGUAGCGAAGGGAUAAUCUAAGAAUUUUUUAAAGAUGAUUUAGUGAGAAGAAGCACAAUUUUGAUUGUGAUGAGUCACUUUCUGUAAACAAUCUCGGUCUAUCUUUACCCUUAUACCUUAUUUGUAACUUACCAUUAAUUGUAUUUGCAAAGCUAGUAUGGUUUUUAUCAUGGAAAAUCCUUUGUAUUCGGGAGUUUAGGGCAGAGCCCCUAGGGAGUAUUAUUUCACAUAACCCGUCCUCGAGUAACAUUGUAGGCAACAUUCUUUAUUGCAAGUAAAGGAACCAUAAGUGGCAUUUUACACAGCUGCAAGUAUUGUUCUAGCUAAUCCAAUUUUAAACGAUCUUGGGUAAUAGUGAGCUUAAAUAUCGGUAGCAGUGACGCAGUGUACACAAGCUGUACCAUCUAUAUAUUGUAUGCAUUGGUGCGUGGAGGCUGUUCAACCUUUUUAAAAAUUGUGUUUUUUAGUAAAAUGGCUUAUUUUUCUCCCAAAGGUGGAAUUUAACAUUUUGUAACAAUGACUAUGAAGAUACCUGUCAUCCUCAGAUUAUUGAAAGGUUGACUAAAGUGAGAAUUGUUUUUAAAUUUCAAGACACUUAGAAUAUCUGCCCUGUCACACACUUUUGUAUUUGUCUCUUUUAGAGUUGGCAUUGUUUUAUCCCCCUUAUCCUUUUGUUUGUUUUUUCAGAGAGUAAAUGCUUCAUAUUACUUUCUUUAAAAAAAAAAAAAGUUGGUUUUUUUUUUUUUUUUUAAAGAAGAAGCCACUUGAACCCUCAAUAAAGGCUGUUGCCUGAGCAUGACAUACUUCAUCUGUUCUUGUUGGUGCCAUCUGCUGUGAUGUCGUCACUUACAUGGCGUUAAUUUCCUGCCACUACAGAUCUUUUGAAGAUUGCUGGAAUACUGGUGUCUGUUAGAAUGCUUCAGACUACAGAUGUAAUUAAAGGCUUUCCUUAAUAUGUUUUAACCAAAGAUGUGGAGCAAUCCAAGCCACAUAUCUUCUGCAUUAAAUUUGUCCAUUUUGGUUUCUUUCAUAAUCGGGUAUUGCAUUUUGCCUUCCCUGUUCAUACCUCAAAUUGAUUAAUACCUCAGUUUAAUUCAGAGAGGUCAGCUAAGUGACGGAUUCUGUUGUGGUUUGGGUGCAGUACCAAGUGUUCUCGCGGAGCAAAGUAGACCUGGGUCACUGUAGGCAUAGGACUUGGAUUGCUUCAGAUGGUUUGCUGUAUCAUUUUUCUUCUUUUUCUUUUUCUGGGGACUUGUUUCCAUUGAAUGACAGUAAUUAAAAUAGCUUGUAAAUGAGGGCAUACAAGCAUUUGCAACAAAUACUCAAAUAGAGGCUCACAGCGGCAUAAGCUGGACUUUGUCGCCACUAGAUGACAAGAUGUUAUAACUAAGUUAAACCACAUCUGUGUAUCUCAAGGGACUUAAUUCAGCUGUCUGUAGUGAAUAAAAGUGGGAAAUUUUCAAAAGUUUCUCCUGCUGGAAAUAAGGUAUAAUUUGUAUUUUGCAGACAAUUCAGUAAAGUUACUGGCUUUCUUAGUGA